GUCGCCGCACAAGGUUUCAUUUUCGAUCUGAUGUUCGUACAGUCGCGGUCCUACGAGCCGGUGAUUUUUUAAACUUUUACCGAGUCCGCUUUCGUGCGAUUUUCGUGAUUUUUCUUCUAUAUGACAGUGGAAAAUUUGAUUUUGUGCGAUUGAGGUACUAUGAGUUUUUGGAGGUUUAGUUGAGGCGAUUAGUUCCGGGAUUUUUGAAUGCUUUAAAAUGAAGGCUAAGUUUCUAACGAUUUCUUUGGCACUGUUACUUGGCUCGAUCUCUGUAUGUAACGCUUGCUCCUGCAUGCGAACCCAUCCGCAAGAGCACUAUUGCAGAUCAGACUUUGUAAUACUAGCCCGCGUGAAAAAAGUACAAACAAUCGACACGACAGGCACAAACGUCUACAAAGUGCGCGUGCGUAGGGAAUUUAAAAUUUCCGAAAAGGGCUUGGUUGCUCUUAAGUCUGGACGGAUCCAUACGCCUUCGAGUGAUUCUAUGUGUGGAGCAAACCUCAACAUCGGAGAGCUUUACGUCAUAUCUGGCAAUAUCUACAGUUUAAGGGCGCACACGAACAGCUGCUUUAUGGUGGAGCCGUGGAAUAAUGUGCCGAAAAGAAGAAGAAAAUACUUGAGAGGGUUGUAUAAACAUGGAUGUACAUGUAAAAUCGAUCGUUAUAAAACCACCGGCAAUAAGAAUUCUUGUACGUGGACGUUUCCCUUGCAGUGUGAAGAAGACGAGGGAGUUUGUUUACGGCAAGCCAGCGGUGCGUGCAGAUGGAACAAAAACAGAGCCCUAACCGAGUGCAAAUUUCGCCACCAGAGGCCCACGGUACAAAUUAAGAGUUUAACCACUAAUUCCACCAGUUUCGGGCGUCAUUUCGUUCCCCUUUCGUUAAUUCCUUAAAUUGUUUCGUUAAUUUAUUGUAAAUACGGUUGUGGAUUUGCUCUAAUAUAACUAUAUAAAAAAAAUUAUCGUCAUAUAUCAAAAUGUUAUGCAACAAAAACAAUAUAUUUGAACACAUAUAAAUGGCGAUUUAUUCAGGAUCGAUUCGGCGUAAAACUCGAUUAAAAUUACCGACAAUGAAACCCGCAUGAGUUUUAUGUGCGGCCUCAAUAAUUAAAUCGAAAAUUUUAAAUUGAGUUUCCUUUAUUCGUGCUUGAUUAUUUUAUUUGAAAAUUAUUCUUUAAAACUUACCAUUUCGGUGUGAUCGGGGUAAAAUGUUUGCUCGAUCAGUGGGAAACUCUCUUUGCCCAUUCGGCGUUGUAGUUGGACUAAAUGACCAAAAACCCAAGGUUUGUCCUGUAAAAUACACAUUUUUCAAAUAGUUUUUUCUUUUUUAAUUUAUAAUGUUUUACCUGGAAGUUGUAAAUGGCAUCUAAAUUGUUAAUACUCGGCACCCCGCCCAGUUUGAAGGCCAAAAGUAAUUUUUUGUGAUCCUCCCCGGCGUCCUUGAGGUUUUGUCUUACCUGGAGAAGAAAAUACAUUUUUUUUUGUAGUAUUGUUAUUAAUUUAUUUAGAAAAUAAGUUGACUAAUUUAUUUUUAUUGUUUUUUUUAUUUAAGGGUUAUUCUCGUUAUUUUGAUAUGUACAAAGCCUUUUCUAACAAUAAUUAAAACAUAGUUUAGUUUUUUAAA